GAUGAAUUGCGCAGUUCCGGACAGGAAUAGUCGGUGCACACAUGGAGUCUACAUUAGCUUUUAGUCAUGACACGGACGCCUUUUAAAUUAGUGUGGCUUUUUUGAGUUGUACGUGUUUACCAUAUUAUUUUUAUAUAUUAUAUAUAUUAUAUUAUAUAUAUUCAUAUAUUAUAUUUAUAAGUGUGACGAAUGUCCCACACGGGCUACCGUUUCUGCCCCAAAGGAACGAAGAUACAUGAUUAAGCUAACCCAAGGGCAACCUAGCCUCUGUCGAGAACAAAAACGUCUUCUUUGGACUGGACACCCGUCAGCACGAUUAUGAGUGAAUGACGCUCCACAAUGUCCUUGUCCCGCUGUGUGCCGCCAACAAGGCUGCUGAGAUGCAUCCAGCAGCAGCAGCAGAUCCUCCUGGUCCGCCCCAUCAGUCCUUUCUCUGUGACCAGCAGGACCAUGAUCACAAGCCAGUAUAGACGGCCCGGCGAGCCCAGAGAAGACAAUCCUCCAUGGAAGAACAUCAACUUCAGCUUCUCCAAAGGUUUAGAAGGCAUCAAGAAGAACUUCACCCUCUUGAAGAAGGAGUUCUUUGAGAGGUGGGUGGGUCCGCAGGGGAAGCCCAUGUUGGAGCACAUGCUGGAGCAGAACCAAGUGGUUUGGGAGUUCCGGGGCGCAGAGAGCCUGGAGCAGUGGAUCGUGUCGUCGGAUCGCGAGAUCGGAGGCCAGAGUGAGGCCUACUUAAAGGUGGGCAAAAACAACAACACCUGUUUGCUCUACGGGACCCUGAGGUCCACGCCCCCCAGGGACGGAGAAACGCGCUACAGCGGCUACUGCAGCAUGCGCUCCAAGCAGCCCCUGGCGUCUUUUGACAGAAAGAAACAUUACGACUGGUCCAGUUUCAACACGCUGCACCUCAGAGUGCGAGGAGACGGCCGACCGUGGAUGAUCAACCUCGCCGCAGAAACCUACUUCUCCCACCAGAAGGACGACAUUUACAACUACUUCCUGUACACCAGGGGAGGCCCCUACUGGCAGGACGUCAGGAUUCCCUUUUCAAAGUUCUUCCUCACACAUCGUGGAAGAAUCCAUGAUAACCAGUAUUGCCUGUGGUUGGACAAGAUCAACACCAUAGGCUUCACGCUGGGAGAUAAAGCCGACGGCCCCUUCCAGCUGGAGAUCGAUUAUAUUGGCGUCUACAAAGAUCACGCUCACACGUCCGACUUUGACUACGAGCUGCACAAGAGGAACCCUGAAGUUCCCUGACCCAGCAGGACUCCCGUGUCUUUGCAGAUGAUGCUGAUUUUACCAGCACAGGGGAGGUUGUGCUUUUUUGAGUUAGUGAAUAAAAUGCAAAAACCUUGUAA